GCCACGUGAGUUCUUGCUUGUUUUUUUAAAGCGAUCUGGACCUUGCAUGUCAGUGUCAAUUUCCCUCCAGAUACCAAAGGGACAAUUGGCUUAUUCCAGGAGAUAGAGAACACCAGGAACCAUGUCAAAGAAAGUAGCAGUUAUUGGUUCUGGAGUGAGUGGGCUGACAUCCAUCAAAGCUUGUCUGGAGGAAGGCCUUGAACCCACCUGUUUUGAGCAAAGCAGCGACAUUGGGGGACUAUGGCGAUUCACAGAAGAUGUAGAGGAAAGAAAAGCAAGUAUCUAUAGGUCACUCACCAGUAAUUCCUCCAAAGAGAUGAGCUGCUUCAGUGACUUUCCAAUGCCGGAUAACUUUCCAAACUUUCUGCACAAUGCCAAAUUCUUGGAAUAUUUGCGACUGUAUGCAAAGCAUUUUGAUCUUCUCAAAUAUAUCAGAUUCAAGUCUCAAGUUGUCCAUGUAGAAAAAUGCCAAGAUUUCUCUACCACUGGCCAAUGGAAUAUGAUUGUGGAGAAAGACGGAAAGCAGGAAUCAUUCACCUUUGAUGCUGUCAUGAUCUGUACAGGACACCAGAUAGAAGCAUAUACUCCACUGAAUUCUUUUCCUGGUUUCGAAAAGUUCAAAGGGAAUUCAUUCCACAGCCAAAAUUACAAGGAUCCAAAAGGAUUUGAAGGGAAGACGAUUGUGAUCAUUGGAAUGGGGAAUUCAGCUGCUGAUAUUGCUGUGGAGAUCUGCAAAAAAGCAAAGAAGGUGGUCCUCAGUGCCAGGGGAGGCACCUGGGUGAUGAGUCGAGUAUAUGACAAUGGCUAUCCUUGGGACACCAUCUAUCACAGUCGCUUUAUUAAUUUUAUCCGAAAUUCUGUCCCAUGGUUUGUUUUGCGAUGGAUGACCGAACAGAAGAUGAAUCAGUGGUUCAAUCAUGAAAACUAUGGCUUGGUACCUCAAAACAGGUACUUGAUGAAAGAGCCAGUGUUCAAUGAUGAUCUGCCAAGCCGUAUCCUAUGUGGAUAUGUGAAUGUGAAACCACUUGUCAGGCAAUUCACAGAGACCUCAGCCAUAUUUGAAGAUGGGACAGUGGUGGAGAAUGUAGAUGUUGUCAUCUUUGCAACAGGCUACACCGUUGCAUUCCCUUUCCUGGACAAGUCAGUCUUGGAGGUGGAGGACAAUCGUGUCCCACUCUAUAAACAUGUCUUCCCUCCUCAUCUGGAGAAGCCAACCUUGGCUAUUAUUGGUCUCAUCCAACCUCUUGGGCCUAUUAUGCCCACUUCAGAACUGCAGGCACGCUGGGCUACAAGAGUCUUCAAGGGGUUAAGCCUCCUGCCUUCAGAGUGUGCCAUGGUGGCUGAUACCAUUAAAAGAAAUGAGAAGAGGAUAAAGUGGUUUGGCACCAGCCGCAGUCAGUCAAUCCAAACAGAGUUCAUUGAUUACCUGGACGAGCUUGCUGUAGCCACAGGAUCAAAGCCAGAUCUAUUCCCAUUGCUGCUGCGGGAUCCCAUACUGGCUUGGGCCAUGUUUUUUGGACCCUGCAACCCUUUCCAGUUCCGCUUAAAGGGUCCAGGAAAGUGGACUGGGGCCAGAGAUGCCAUCCUCACCCAGAAGGAGCGGAUCAUUAAACCCACAAAAACACGAGUUGUGAGCAGCUCUUCAAACCACACUCCUUUCUCCCUGCUCACAAUCCUUGGUCUCCUUGGUAUCUUGGUUGCAUUAUUCCUUGUCCUUGUUCAGCACUGAUCUCCACCCUGUAACCCAUCAGUGAUAACUGCUUAGGUCCAAAUCAUGCUUUCUAUUCCUCUUAAUGAUCACCACUGCAGGCUUACCUCUACACUUUAUUUUCUGCAUGCUCACAAACAUGGAAGAGGGCGAGUGAGCUUACAAAGAACUUCCUGGGAAAUUAUGAACUAGGAAGAGGCAUGAAAGUUAGGGGUGUAUGUGUGUGUGUGAGAGAGAGAGAGAGAGAGAGAGAUUUUUAGGAAAAAGAAAUAGGCAUGCAUGUCUGGUACAGCUUUAAGGUGCUCCUACAAACUGCCUUCCCAGGGACUUUCCAGCACAGCCUGGAGGGGGCCUUAGUGGUGGUGGGGGUUGGGGCAGGGACUCAGUCUGCCUCUGAGAAGUCACUGAAAAUAAUUGCAACAGCUACCCCACCUUCAUUUCCCCAGAGGCAAAGAGAGAGAAGCCCCCAGCUGUAGGUGCAAGAGGAAGGCCCAUGCCUUCCCCUUACAGAGCUGGGCUCUUUAAAAAGCUAAUUUGUUGCUUUUACCGUUAAAGGCUUAAGGCUAUACACAAACUGAAAAGCUUCAAGGAAAAGAAUAUAAAACUCUCAAAAAAUUGAUAAAGGAAGACUGUGCAAUAGCAGUGUGAAGAACACUGACACUAUCCCCAAUGCCAAAAGAGAAGUUUAUGGGACUUAGUAUAUCAAGCAUCUGUAAUGCUGCAGAGCAAUAAGGAGGCACCAGCUCACCCCAGGUGUGUGUACAGCAACUUUCUCUUCCCUGGGCACCUUCCAGCUAUCUGGAGUUCAGCUCCCAGAUCCUCCAUCCAGCAAGGCCAUUGUUAAGAAUUCCAGACAUUGAAAUCUAUCCAUCUGGAAGAUGCUCAAUUGGAGAAGGCUAGAAGGUCACUAGUAGAUAUUGCACAGCAGAUAACAUAUUCACAAUUUUGAAAAGGCAGUACUCCUCCCCCUGCAAAAAAACCCCCUACUUCUGGUAAAAUAAAAAUUCCUGUUUAAGAAUAUUUCCCAAACAAGAACAUACUACUUGUAACAUGACAUCAGGAAUACAGAACUUACACCUUUUAGGAAGUCAUGUUUUCUUUCUAAUACAGUACAUAGGCUUAUAGAGAAAUAUUUUCAAAAAGUUUUAAUUGUGAAUACAUCAGUGUUAGCUGUCCUUUAAUAAAUUUAGAUAAGAUUCUCUGUAAUAUGGUCAGAAAGGAAAACAGGGACCAAACUGCAUGAAAUUUCAAGAAAUCAUAUUACAAUCUAUUUCUAUUUUUCUCUUAUUCCUUUUAACAUAAGAUAACAGUGCAAUUCAUUCUUGAUUUUUAAAAAAGGAGCACAUCUGGAUUUCAUACUUGAAUCAUACAAUGCUGCCCUGAACAAUGUCUCAAGGCAGAAAUAUACAACCCAUGAAAUGCUGUGAUAUUUUUCUGUGGGGCCUUGCUUAAGGAGCUUAGCUUUUUAUGUGAAAAUUGCCAUUAUGGUUUGUGUAGUAUAAAGUAUGGCUUAAUGUUUUAUGCAAAUCCACCUAACUUGGCUUUAUACAAUAAA